GCGAAUAUUGCGUUAACCCGGAUAUGUUACUUUUGAACUGAGUCAGUAUAAGAGAUUGAGCUGGUGUAAAACGAAGUGGUAAACUAGUGCAUGGUUGAAUCUGAUUAUAAAAAUGAUCAAAAUGAAUCUUGGAAGGUAGAAUGGGCUCUACGAACAGUAAAGAGGAGAACACUCCUCUUACACGUCGAGAUGGAACACCAGGGAAGAGGGUUAAUGUGGUAAUUUGUAGUUGUAGUGACUCCAACAACGUUAAUGGCCUCAUCACUCAAAUUAGGAAUGAUAUGUCGGACGUCGUCGCAAGCGUGAGGUUCGAAACUCUCCCUUACAACAUCAUAGACAUGGAUACAUUUGAUUUCAAUGGGAUAGAUGUUCUACUUCUCUGUCAUUCUAUUGAGAACAGGCGAUUCUCACUGACCAACGUUACCGAUGCUCUAUAUGAUGGUUUCUUACCAAAGGCCAGAAUGCAUUUGGGUAAAAGCAAAAUAGGAGUGAUAGCGCAUGACUUCCCUACGUAUGAACUCACACCAGAUCGUAUUGAAUCUAGGAUGAAAUCAUUUCUUCACGCCCAGGAAACAACAUUUAAUCAUUCUUCAUUGGUGUUGAUUGGAGGUCAGUUCAACCAUCAUCCAAUAGAACUUCAAAUAGAUCAGAUCAAUCAACUCAAAUGGUUCUUUCUUAAAGCUGCUAAUCCCCCGAUGUUGGAAUCGUUCCGAAAAUGCCUUUUCCGAUUCUGUUGUUGCUGUUACUGUUGUUGUUCGUGCUAGAUAUUCCUCUUGACAUGCUUGAUGACAAAAUGAUGUCUUCUUAUUUCAAUAUUAUCAUGUAUUCUAUCUUACUUUAUUAUUUUGUUUUGUAAUAAAAUUCAUCAAAAUCAUUCAGUUCAAAUCAUACAAGUAAAAGUACAUUGCACAAUGUUACAAUAUCAACAAAAACAGUUCAUGAUUAUUCGAUAUCAUUCUAUAUACAUGAUAUAAACAAACAUGGAAUGACCUAGUUUAAUUUGCCAAUAUUUAGAAGAUUACUUCACGCAGCGAUUUCCGGAGAAAAUUCCUAAUGAAUUCGCAUGAUUCAAUUCCUUAAAGGCCUAGUUACACUGGAACCGAAUCAGCUGCAAAUCCAUCCGAAUACAUUAUAUUCGAGUGAUUUCAGGAGUAUUCCGAGUAUUAUGUUCUCCAUCCGCGAAUGCCAGAAAAUUCGGGAGGGAUUCGGCUAUAGCUUUGAAAUGUUCAAAGCCAGCCGAAUGCCAUCCAAACUACUCCCUAACGUGACUACAACAAAUUUCAUUCAGGCCUCAUUGGGGAUGUAAUCGGAUGACAUUCGGUUGGAUUAGGGGAGGCAUUCGGAGUAUUCUGGGCAAACUCGGACCUAUUCGCGCAUUCGGCCAUAUUCGUUCCGAUUCGGGUUUACAUUCAGGUCGUCAUUUGGCUGUAUGAUAGGAGCAAUUGGGCCACCUUUGGCUCGAUUUUUGCCGCUGUUCGGGUGGCAUUCGGUUUUUUUCGAGAUGGCCGACAUUGAUUCGGGUCCAUUUUGGGCGAUUCUGCGCUGAACUCCGGAACCUAUUCGAGACCUGUAUUCGAGGAGCUCCCUGAGUGGAGACGAAUAAGUUACAAAUCCACAGAAACCAUCCGAAUCAGGCCGUAUUCGAGCAGAAUUGGUCUCAAUGUACUCGGGAGAAUUCGGAUUUGGUGUAACCCUGGCUUUACGGGGCCACAUUGGAAAUUCAUUAAAAAAAUAGUCUUAUUUUAGACAAUUAAAUAGGAGGAUCCAGGGAGAGGGGCGACCACUAAUGCAGGCGCAAAAAGAAAGAAA